AUGGAGCCGGUUCCAGAGACGGAGCAAAUGGGGGAGUUUCGGCCCUCCCCCCUCCCUACCCUGAGGGUCCAAGGAACGGCAGUACUCAAUCCGCCCGAUUUCGACUUUCCGCGCAAGCCAUCUAACCUCCGCCGGUCGACCGACCCUUCUCCAACAUCUUCGCCAACCUCGCCUUCGUGGGCAUCCCCUACCUUGCUCCCAUACCGACCGCGAGCUGCAUCGCCGCUAUCGAGCAGCCACACGAGGUCGAGGUCCGCCGCGAGCCUGGCACCACCUCCCAUGGCCCGCACUCAAUCCAUGCCCGGCGUCAACGCCGCUGGCCAUCUUCUGUACUCGCCACAAAUGCGCCCCCAGAGCCCCUCAGUCUCGCCAAGUCGGGUUCGUCCUUUACGAAAGCCAGUGGACGAGGCCUUCCCGUCGUCUCCGACCCGCGUCUCUGUUCACGAUCCCGAGAGACAGCUAUCCGAGAGGAACAGCUCGCCCAACCUGGGCCUCGGCCUGUCAUCUCCUACGUCGAUGCCGAGAAUUCGAAGACCAUCCUCGCCUCUUCGUCAUGUGGCCAACUCCAGCACCACAUCGCUCCAUGGAAUAACCACCACCACCUCAUCGCCAACCAUUGCGUCACCGCCCUAUCGGCCACAUGACUCCUUGUCGAGCAGCUAUGCUUUCCUGGGAGGAUACCCGUCCUCUUCGGUUCCUUCGACCCCCACCUCGGCGCGGUCCCGGAGUCCUAGCAUUUCCAGUCUCGAGACGAUUCCUGACUCGCCCGAUGCCGAAGAAGCUGCCCUCGAGGAUGAGAGAAUUUCGCAACUUAGAGCUGCCGCAGAUGCGGCCGAGGGAGGAGAGGCCAAAGGGAAGGGAAGCUUGGACGUUCCCACUCGCGGCCGGACACUGGGCUUUGGCUCGAGGGAUAAGCGAAAGCGAUGGAGCGUUUGCGGUGCCGAGAGGCGCCAAGAUCUAGAUUUAGAGACGAUCUGGGAAGAUUGA